CUAGGGAACGAAUCCUACAAAGUUUCGUUUCAAGCCAUGGAUGACGCGUGCGGAGUUCAGAGAAUUGAGGAAGCAGGAGGAGGAUAGGGUCUUUUGGGUGAUAGCACUUCAGGUGCCGCUCGAUGACAUGCCAUUUAUAUAUGCGCAAAUGGAGAAGGCGGUAGGGAAGAUCACACUAUCGCACCCAACGGACGCAGAUCCGAUGAGACCGGCGCUGGUUAAUGCCCGCUUCGACCUCGUCCCGGAAGCUCGAUCGAACAUGAAGGACGUCUUGUGCAUUGAAAUGCCGAGAGGAGAUAUACACUCGAGAUUAAAUUGGCGUCAGCUGACACGGUCAAGUGCAGGGCCUGCAAGCAGUUCUUCCAUACAGAACAAGAUUGUAGGAGGAACGGAGGGCAGAGAAUGGGCGGAAUGGGAUCAUCGCAGGGGCAGCAUCGCAGUGCCCAGCCGCAGCAACAAUCACCCACACCAAGGUAUCAUGGACCGCUUGGUCCGAGGAGUGGAGCCCAAGCACCGUAAGGAGCUGCAAGUCACGCUGGUCUCAUGCGAAGUAAUCCGACCUUCUCGCCGCAAGCCACGCGAGGAGGAAGUGUACAACAGGGGCAGCUGGGGGUCGGCCUCCCGGGCGGCCUGGGUGGGAUGGAGCAAGGCUUCAGACAGACCGAAAGCCAGGGAUCUUUUGGCACGGGACAAGGAGGCUUUCAAGGAGGAGGUCUUCAACAGGGACAAACCGGGGGGAGACUCACAGGAGUAGUCCCAGACGGGCUCGGGCAGUUCAAUAAUCAGGGGCAAUUCGGGAUGCCCAACUU